AUGAACCUCCCAGCUCCAGACAGACUCCUGGAACUGGCAUGUCAUAGCCUGCUGAAAGAUGAGGACUUGGCCAUUUCCUCUCUCGAGUUGCUGCCCGUGGAGCUCUUCCCACCGCUGUUCAUGGCGGCCUUUGCUGGGAGGCACAGCAAGACCUUGAAGGCCAUGGUGCAGGCCUGGCCCUUCCCCUGCCUCCCUCUCGGAGCCCUGAUGAAGGAGCAGCAGCCGUACCAUGAGACCAUCCAGGCUGCGCUUGAUGGACUUGACCUCCUGCUUUCCCAGGAGGUUCGCCCUAGGAGAUGGAAACUGCAAGUGCUAGAUUUACAAAAGAAUGUGCAUCAGGACUUCUGGGCAGUGUGGUCUGGAAACAAGGUGACCAAUAUGUGUCCACUGUGGGAGCCAGAGGUGGCCCAGCCAAUCCAGAAGAGGCAGAAAGUAGACAAUUCAAAUACAGGGCCAAGGUCACCCUUGGCCCCUCUGGAGGUAUUCAUAGACCUUUGCCUCAAGGCAGGCACCCCUGAUGAGACCCUCACUUACCUCAUUAAAAAAGUCAGGCAGAGGAAAGGUUUGAUACACCUGCGCUGUAAGAAGCUGAAGAUCUCCACAGUGUCAAUUCAAAAUAUUAAGAUCCUGAAAAUGGUGCAGCUCGACUCUGUCGAGGAUUUGGAAGUGAAUUGCACCUGGAAACUGUCCACCAUGGAGAAGUUUGCUCCUUACCUGGGCCAGAUGGGCAAUCUGCACCGGCUCCUCCUCUCCCACAUCCACAUGUCUUCUCAUAUCACCCUGGAGCAGGAGCAACAGUAUGUCAGCCAGUUCACCUCUCAGUUCCUCAGCCUGCUCCACCUCCAGGAGCUCUAUUUGGACUCUAUUUCUUUUCUUGAAGGUCGCCUGGACCAGAUGCUCAGGUGCCUGAAGACCCCCUUGGAGACCCUGUCCAUCACUAACUGCCUGCUUUCGGAAACCGACUUGAUGCACUUGUCCCAGAACCUGAAUGUCAGUCAGCUGAAGGACCUGGGUCUCAGCGGGGUCAACCUGACCAAUGUAAGUUCUGAGCCCCUCCAAAUUCUGUUAGAAAGAGCCUCCGCGACACUCCAGGACCUCGAUUUGGAUGAGUGCGGGAUCAUGGACCCCCAGUUCACUGCCAUCCUGCCUGCCCUGAGCCGCUGCUCCCAGCUCACAACCUUCAGCUUCUGUGGAAACCCCAUCUCCAUGGCUGUCUUGGAGAACCUGCUGCGCCACACCAUCGGGCUGAAAAACCUGAGCCAUGUGCUGUACCCUACCCCCUUGGAGAGCUACGAGGAUGUCCGUGGCACCCUCCACCUGGGCUUACUUGCCCAGCUGCACGCCAAGCUGAGGCAGAUGCUGCAGGAGUUGGGGCGACCCAGCAUGGUCUGGUUCAGUGCCAACCGCUGUCCUGACUGUGGUGACAGAACCUUCUAUGACCCAGACCCCAUUCUGUGUCCCUGUUAUACAUCUUUCUAG